CUGUUUCAUAUUACACACACACAGUGAGAGGGAGAAAGGAAAAUAAAAGGAGAGAAAAUCCCAGGGAUUUCUCCUUUCUUUUCUUGACGUUUAGUUGAGUUUAUGGAGCCUACGGGUCUACAUUAUGAAACUCUCCACAGUCGCGAUAGUUCUCCUGACUAGGGCUUUUAUUGGAGAGCUGAGUGAUGCUUUAAACGUGACCGUCACCCCUGGGCCAGUUAGCAUGUGUUUGGAAGGAGACAACAUCACUUUGUCCUGCUUGGUGUCUCAGAAGAAAAGGAGCAGCAGUGUCCUGGUGCUCCGCUGGCUCUAUCUACCCAGCCAUGAAGAUGAGCACCUCGUUGUCAGGAUGGGCAUGAAGAAAGCCAAGUAUUAUGGCAACUACAGCAAGCACUUUUCCCAGACCAAGUUCCUUCUCUGGGAAGAGAUGGAUGGACAGAUCUAUCGUCUGCUGAUCCUGAAUGUGUCUACAGAGGAUGGGGGCAACUACACCUGUAAAGUGCAGGAAAUACGAAAGCACAGAAAUAAGUGGAGGUCCGCGUCGAAUGGAACAGGGAGCAUGGAAUUACGAGUACAUCAUAUACCAAGCGCAGGAAAAACUGAUGACAUAUGGCGCAUGUUUGAAGAUUUGCACCUGUGUGCUGUGCUCAUCUGCUCCAUCGGGCUGGUCUGUAUGCUCAUCUUUGCCAUGACUAUCACAUGUCAGCACCUUCAGCACAAACGAAGACUACAAGCCAGUUAUUACCUGGUGAAGUGCCCAGAAAACAGCUCAGGAGAAACCGUAACCAGUGUGGCCAGCUCCUCUCCUGGAAUGCACAGAAAGGAGAAAAGACACAAAUCACAGCUCAGAGACAUUACUGAACCACAGCCACCACCACAGAUACCAGCUAAAGCACCUGUACCAAGGAAACCACGCAGAACCAAACUUUUAAAGGCACAAACUACAAAGACACAAAUGCCAAGGGUGGCAGAGGACAGUCUGACAUACGCAGAGCUGGAGCUGUUUAAACCAAAGCCUGAGCUGAAAAGAGAGUCAAAUGGAUGUGCAGAGCUUGAGUCCCAAACACACUGCACAGGAACUGUAUAUGCCCAAAUACUCUUUGUGGAGAAGCAAGUGUAAAUAUGUAUUUGAAGAGUUUCAUACCAAAAUUAUUUAUGAGAUUUGUUGAAAAUAUUUUGCACCUAAAUACUGAUGUUCUGGUAUUUCACCUACAGUAUACUAGUAUGAAAUCUGCAAUACAACAGCAGCAUCUACAGUGGGGUUCAAAAUUGAGUCCAUGUUGGAAAUGUGGCAUUCAAAAUCUGAUUUUAACCUGGAAAAUAAACUAAAUGUUUUAGGUUAUGAAUAUGUUAUGAAUUUCUUUUAAGUUCUCACUCAACUUAUGCUGAUUUUUAUUAUUAUUAUUAUUAAGAGUAUUUCAUUAGAAAUAUCCAAAUUAGAAGAACUUUUCACUAGUGGAUGUUUUUUUUAUUUUUUUUUUUACUUUUGAACCCCACUGUAUUUGAGCCCAUUUAUCAUUGUACCUAUGAAUUAGGGAUCUUCCUUUUCUUAACAAAACUCCUGGGGGUUGCAUUACUGUUGGAUUUAACCCCAAACAUGCAUAAAUUGAUUAUGCACAUUUGGAAUGUAUAUAACAAUUUUAUUUUUUUGCUAUGUUGAAAUAAAGUUUACUCCUUUAAAUGUUGAGGACGAUAAGAACAAAAGAGUGCAGUCAGUGAUUUAUGUCAGCAUUUAUAGGCAGUCAUUAUAACUCAGCAGCAUGUUGAGGAACAUUUUACCCUCAGAGACCCAAGCAUUGAUAUUGAUGAAAAAAAAUAAUAAUCUCCUUCUUGAAAGCAUUUUUAGCAAGCCACUGAUUAUACAAAUUGCAAUAUUUAUGCAACAUUUGUUUUUGGGCGUAUUUUAGGGAAAAUUUGCAAAAUUGCAACACAGUAAGAGGAAGUUUUGAAUUCACAAUUCAACAAUAUAAGAAAAAUUAUUUAUUACAAGCUGUAAGGAUAUGUUCAUGUACAGUUAAGAAAGCUGACCAUUCCAAACUAAUGAGGACUAUGUUUUGGUAAAAUCAAAAUAAUGAAAUAUCCAUCUCCAUGUAAUGUAGCAUAUUUAAUAAAGUUUGAAUACCAUAAAACAAA